UAUUCUCCUCCUCCAUUUUCUUCCAUAUCAUGCAACUAUGACACCCCUUUUAACCUCAUUCACCUCACAACAUUUGUUACGCACACUUGGCCAGCUCAUAACAUUUAUUCAACCCCAUCAAUCACCAACCCCUUCACACACUCUCUCUCUAGCUCUCUUACUUUCUCUCUCUAGUAUUUCAACGUUUCUCUCUCAGAUCUCUAGGAGCAACGUGAUAUUUGGGUAAUCCAUUCUCUCUUCUCUUCGAGUUGCGUUUCUUUCUGGGUUCUCUUCAUCUCGUGCUUCCAUUGCACUUUUUCCUCUCCGCAUUGAGGAGGACCCUUCUUCAUAUUCGAUUCAUCGAUUCUAUACCCACAUAGUUUUCUCACCAAAAACAGAGUCUUUUUCUCGAGAAAAUGGCGACUGGGUUAGAGAGGGAAAGUGGGUUCACAUUGUUCAGCGAUGAAGAGCUGAGCGAGGUGUGUGGGGUGAAGCGUGUUGGGAACUGUGUCGAAGUCACGUGUGGGUGUACCAGCCAUAGGUACGGUGAUGCUGUUGGAAGGCUUAGGGUUUUCUCUAAUGGGGACCUCGAAAUCAGUUGUGAAUGCACCCCUGGUUGCACAGAAGACAAGUUGACUCCUGCUGCAUUUGAAAAGCACUCUGGGAGAGAGACAGCUAAGAAAUGGAAGAAUAAUAUCUGGGUAAUAGUUGACGGUGAGAAGGUUCCAUUAUAUAAAACGGUGCUGCUCAAAUACUACAACCAAGUCUCAAGAGGUGCUAAUGGGUCUAAUAAACACCAAAAUGGUCACCGUGAUGAGUUUGUUCGCUGUACUAGUUGCAAUAAAGAGAGGAGAUUCCGUCUGAGGACUAAAGAGGAAUGCCGCAUUCACCAUGAUGCUGUGGCAGAUGCGAAUUGGAAAUGUUCUGAUCUGCCAUAUGACAAAGUUACAUGUGAUAAUGAGGAAGAACGAGCAAGUCGUAGAGUUUACAGGGGAUGCAACCGCUCUCCAACAUGCAAAGGUUGCACUUCAUGUGUGUGCUUUGGGUGUGAUGUCUGCCGUUUUUCAGAUUGCAGCUGCCAGACUUGUACUGACUUUACAACCAAUGCCAAAGCUUGAUUCAGCCUUUCCAUUCAAUCUAAUGCUCUCCAAGUUCUGCUUAUUAUGGGGAUAUAUGUUUUAUUUCCUAAUUGGACCUUACCAGUCUGAGUUCAGCAUUCAUUGUUCUCUUUGACUGGAUCAUAAAUUUCAAUGUUAACAAACUUAUUCUCUCUC